AUGAGUCCAAGUCGUAUUCCUCGACCUGGUGGAUCCGCAUUUGGGUCACCAACAAUAACAUCUUCACCCCUUUCUCAGACCACUAGACCUGCAUUAGGUACAUUAGUUCAUACGAGUAAGAACCCUUUCGCUCAAUUGCACAAUAAACAUACCCAAGCACAGGCGCAAGCUCAAAGUCAACCACCAGGUCAUGGAUCACCGACUCCUUCUAAUGGAUCAGGUAAUUUGAAUGGUCAGACCAACAAUAAGAAUCAGACAUUACCAAGUAGAAGAAGACCCAAACCACCUUCACCUGAUUUAGAUGAUGGAUCAGUGUCUGGAUCACCUGAUCAUACUAGAGGUACAGGAGGUACAGGAGGGCCGCGAAGAGCACUUCCAAAUGGUGAAAUAAAACCUAGACUACCAUCUAAUCCUGGACCUGGACCUGGACCUGGAAUGGGACAUCGAUCAAUUUUAAGACAACCUUCUACACCAGCAUUAGUCUCGAAUAGAUCAUCGCCCAUCACACAAAGUCGACCAAGAGCAUUAUCAUCCACAACCGUUUCCAAACCUGUCAUAGUACAUAGAAAUAUUACUCCAUCGCAGGAGAUUGACAUCUCUCCCAAUAUCAACACCAAUACCAAUGGAAAUAGCACUGGAGCGGGAAUGCGAUCAUUACCUUCACAAAAGUUAUUCGAAUCUUCUUUUUUGGAAAGUCGUGAACCUCCUGUACCACCUCAUAUAAGAGUACGAUUAAGAUUAAUUCAUCAAUUAGGAGUAGUACUAGGUAUCGACGCAAUUGGGAUUUCGGCUAAAAUUGAUAUUCCAGGUUUAUUAGCUAGAGUAGACCAGGCUCAUGAUAGAGGAUUAUCAACAGCUACAGGAGCCAAUAUUAACGCUACUCCUUCACACGGGAAUGAGAUUACAAGUUUGAAAGCACAAUUGAGUGGAAAUGGGCAUGGUCAAAAUAGAGGUGUUUUAGGAAUGUUCAAAAGACUAGGUGGUGGAAAUAUGAGGAAAUCAGAUGAAAUAGGAUCAAUAGGAAAUACGAUCUCGCCUCAAGAAGGUCCAGCAUUCGGUGUACCGCUUUCGGAAGCUCCACCAGGAAGUUGGUGUACUUCCCUUAUAGGCGGUCAGAAACAUGAAUUACCUUUGGUAGUCUUCACAGUUGUCGAAGAGAUUUACAGAAGAGGAAUGUCGCAACCUGGUAUAUUCCGAUUAGCAGGUGAUGGAAUUCGCAUUUCUCAUUUGACAAAAGUGUUCAAUCUUCCACCUUUAUAUGGUGACUCAUUAGCUAUCAAUCAAGAACCGAUUCAUAACCUAACAGGGUUAGUCAAAAGAUACGUCAGGGAUUUACCAGAACCCAUCUUGGACGAAAGUCUCUUUCCUGCUUUUUUGGCUUUUUGCGUUGAGAACGAUGAAGACAACCUCCAUGAUGGAACGAAAAUUGGUGACCUUAGUGACAGCAAUAACACCACAAUCAACGAAAGCAAAGAAGAAGAGAAGAAUGUAUCGACCUCGAUCAUGGAAGACCUAACGAAAUUACCACUAGAAACCAGGAUAUUAGCUGCUCAAAUCCUGUUAAAGCUGUUGCCACCUUUACAAUUUAGUUUAUUCAUAUACCUCUUAGCCUUUUUAGGUCAAUUACCUUUAUUCCCUGAUAAUCGAUUAAACAUAGAAUCGAUAUCGAUCAUUUUUGGACCUGCCAUGUGCGCAGCUAGAGGUAAAGGUAUUUCAGGAUUGGGUCCAACUGUAUCAGGACAGUCUUCAAGAAAAGAUGGGUUUGAUCCUGAUCAAGUAUCGGACUUGGUAUCAAAAUCACAGUCUGUCCUAGGCUGGUUACUAAGAAACUGGAGUGGAAUAAGUGAGAAAGUUUUGGAAGAAGAUGACUCUUUUUCAGCAAAUCCAAUCUCAGCUAUACAUGGCUUUGAAGAUGUGGCUAUAACCGAAAGAGAGAAAGAGAAGAAAAUGAAGAAAGAAAAGUUAAUAAUUGAUCCUAGGUUACUUAGUCCGAUCGAUUUAAGAGGUUCAAACGACGGAAUGAAAGCUAGAAAACCUGAUUCAAAGACAGUAGCCACUAAAAAUGAGGAUAGUCCAGUCCGACUAUCUAUCUCUAGAGGUUCAACUCCAUCUUCUGAACCAAUAUCACCUAUUUCACCCGUAAUUCAAACUCCACAUACACAUAUUCAGAUGGGUCUACGUAAAUCUACUUCUUCACAUACCCUUAAAACCUCGCAUUCUUCCUCGGCAUUGAGAUCGUCUCCUUCUUCAGGAACUGUAGGACCGGGAAUGAAGUCUUCCCCAUCAUCCGGAGGAUUAUUUGCAAGAGCUUUCAGUUCAAUGUCAAUCUCCAGUCAAGCUCAAGGAGAUGUGCCCAGCAAAGGUCCUAAGCGAAGUGCUAGUUUCACUAGCUUAAGUAGUUUGGUGAAGAAAGUUGGCAAAGACGGUAAACAUUCUCACCCGAUGCCUACGAGAUCCAUUAGCGAUGAUAGGGAUAGUGUCCACUCAAGUGUCAAUCCUCAGAUCACAACAGUCCUUGGAUCACUCCAUGAUCUUCUUGUAUCUAAAGACAAGCAAAUAGAACGCGAUGCGAGAGAACUGGCUUUACUUCGACACACAUUAUUGGAAAUGGAUGAAAAGCUACAAAGAGCAACUUUAUCUUCACCUUUACCUGGACCGAUUGGUAUAAAUGGAUGCAUAUGUCCUAGUCAUCCAAACGCUACUCCUUCAACAGUGAUAGUAGAUAAAGAUGGUACACCACCUGAAAUAACUAUCACUUCAACACCUUCAUCCUCGACUUUACCAACAUCAAAUUCAGGCUCAAUCGUCAAUUACAACAGUCUAAAUAAGGAGAUAAGCGAUUUACAAUCUCAACUGUCAACUUCUUUAGCAGGAUUGGAAAAUUCAAGGUUGAAUACAAGGAAACAAGCUGAAAGGAUAUUGGUUUUAGAAGCUAAGUAUUCAAGAGCUGAAAGUGAAAAGAAAUUGGAAAUCAGUAAAUUACAAGUAGCGUUAGCGUUAGAACAAGCUAGAUGUGUUGGAUUGAGUGAAGAGAGAGAUUUGGCUAGAGAACGAUUAGAAAAGAUUAAAACUACCUUAUUCAGUGUCGCUUAG